ACCAACUGAUAUGAAAUUUACAAAUAUAGCCAUCAAAAAAGAUAAUAAUAAUUGGGUAUCCUUAAAUUGUGAUAUUUCAUAUAAUAUCACAAAUGGAGUUGAAACCCAGUUGCAAAAAAAGACAAUAACAUCUUACUUCCAAAAAAAAAUCUCAGUUAUUGAAGAUUCACAAAUUGUAUUAUCUCCUCAUCCAAUCCCCAGUUCCAGUGAAGCGCUUACUUUGCAUGAUGAGAAAAUCUCAGUUAUUGAAGAUUCACAAAUUGUAUUAUCUCCUCAUCCAAUCCCCAGUUCCAGUGAAGCGCUUACUUUGCAUGAUGAGAAAAUCUCAGUUAUUGAAGAUUCACAAAUUGUAUUAUCUCCUCAUCCAAUCCCCAGUUCCAGUGAAGCGCUUACUUUGCAUGAUGAGAAAAUCUCAGUUAUUGAAUAUUCACAAAUUGUAUUAUCUCCUCAUCCAAUCCCCAGUUCCAGUGAGGCGCUUACUUUGCAUGAUGAGAAAAUCUCAGUUAUUGAAGAUUCACAAAUUGUAUUAUCUCCUCAUCCAAUCCCCAGUUCUAGUGAGGCGCUUACUUUGCAUGAGGGAAAAAAUUAUGAGGAUAUUCAAAGUCCAAGUCUUAUUCAGCUAUACAAAAAGAAGGAACCAAAUGACCCAUUUCACUUCAAAUUAUUUAGGAUGACAAAUAUUUUGAUUAAUUUCAUAAUUGCUGUAGGCUCUUGUCAGCCAUGUACAAAUAAAUUUCAAUAUCCUGUUACUCUCAAGAGGAGCAUGAAUAUAACCUAUUAUAGAAAGGUUAAUAUUGAUGGUUCCCUCAACCCCAGAAAUUGGCUAUCUUAUAGCACUACUUUAGACAAAGUCUUUUGUCUAUAUUGUAUUAUGUUUGGUGGCCCUAAGUCCAAUACUUUUUGGACUCAAUUUGGGGUAAAUAAUUGGAAAAACAUAAAGCGUAACUUAGAGAGACACGAAGCAUCUUCUCUUCAUAAAGAUUGUGAAUAUGCAAACAUGACUUGGCUUGCAAAUAAACGCAUUCAAGAUCAUUUGCUAUCAAAUAAGCUUGAUAUAAUCAUGGAAAAUCGUAAUAUAGUUCAUAAUAUUAUCGAUGCCAUUAUGUACCUUAUAAAAUGUAAUAUAGCCUUUUGGGGUUCUAAUUCGAAUGAAGGUAUUGCAAACGAUCAAACAAUCGGAGAAAAUAUCAACAGCGAAAUCAUGACCAAAAUAAAAAAAUGGAUAAAAUAUUCUUUUAUAUUACCAUAA